CCACGCCUCUCGGGCGCCCGCCCCAGCUCCGCCGCCAUGUGACCCUGCUCCCUUUCCCUCUCCUCCCCUUGGCCCAGCCUGCCUGGCCUCCCUCCCUCCCUCCCUCCGCGCCGCUCCGGCCCCCGGCGAAGGACCCGGAGCCCCCGCGGCCCGUCCGCGUCCACCUCCCGAGGCAGCGGAGCCGGGCCUGAGCCGCGUUCCGAGUCAGCCGUCCGGGGCCGGGCUGGGACGGGCCAGGCAUGGAGAGGAACAGGGUGUUCGUGGUGCUCGACGUGGUGUGCCUUGUGGUCGCUUCUCUGCCCUUCAUCAUCCUGACCCUGGUGAACUCUCCCUACAAGAGGGGCUUCUACUGCAGCGACGACACCAUCCGCUACCCGUACCGCCCGGACACCAUCACGCACGGCCUCCUGGCCGGCGUCACCAUCACCGUCAGCGUGAUCAUCGUCUCGUCGGGCGAGGCCUACCUCGUCUACACAGAGCGCCUCUACUCGCGCUCCGACUUCAACAACUACGUGGCGGCCCUCUACAAGGUCCUGGGCACCUUCCUCUUCGGGGCCGGCGUCAGCCAGUCCCUGACCGACCUGGCCAAGUACAUGAUUGGCCGCCUUCGCCCCAACUUCCUGGCCGUCUGUGACCCCGACUGGUCUCGCGUCAACUGCUCCCUCUACGUGCAGCCCGAGGCCGUGUGCCGAGGGAGCCCCGCCAACGUCACGGAGUCCAGGUUGUCCUUCUACUCGGGCCACUCCUCCUUCGGCAUGUACUGCAUGGUCUUCCUGGCGCUGUACGUGCAGGCCCGUCUCUCCUGGCGCUGGGCCCGGCUCCUGAGACCCACCAUCCAGUUCUUCCUGGUGGCCUUUGCCCUCUACGUGGGCUACACGCGAGUGUCCGACUACAAGCACCACUGGAGCGACGUGCUGACCGGUCUCCUGCAGGGGGCGCUCGUCGCCGGACUGACGGUGCGCUACGUCUCGGACUUCUUUAAGGUGCGCCCCCCGCAGGCCAGUGCCGCCGAGGAGCUGGACCGGAAGCCCAGCCUGGCCCUGAGCCUGACCCUCGCCGAGAGCGACCGGAAUCACUUCAGCUACUCGGGGGGCUCCUGAGCCCCUCCCCCCUCGCCCUCCUGGACGGAGCCCGUGGCCGAGUCCUCGCUGCUCCGUCCCUGGGCUCGGGCCUCCUCGUUAGGGAAGAGCUGCGGAGGGGCCGCGGGGGGUCUCUCCCGCCGCUUCCCAUCCGGGACUCUGGGAGCGAGACGGAGACGGAGGCAGGAAGCCGCGAGGGGAUGCUCCCUCAGCCUGCGGGGGAGGGAAGGGGGUGGGGUCUGGCGGGUGUGGCCCGCGUGGGGGUUUUACCGAAUUAGGACCGCUCCGGGGAAAGGGGGGCUGGUUCCCUUCCUCAGUCCGGGCUGGCCUCGGAGACUGGGAGAAGGAAGGAAGGAAGGGCCCCCUCCCCACCCCAGCGCUUCCCUCCUCUGGAGACCGGCUUCCGCGGCUUCCCGAAAAUUGGCUGGAAAGGAGCCCUGGAGCCCCUCCAUUCGCUUCUCCCCUGCCCUCGUGUGGUCCGGCCAAGCAGGACCCCCGGGGGGAGCAGCAGGACCCCCAGCUCAGCUCCCCGGGCUGCCCUGAAAUUCUUCUCCAAGGUGGCGGGCUGUGGAUGGGAAAGGAGGCCCAGGGCGAGGCAGGGCGGCCGAAGCGCGCCAGGGGGUGGGUGCAGAACGGGGAUUCCUCUCCUCCGCUCCCUAGCCGGGGCAUCCGUCCGCUCAGCGCCCCAGCGCCCUCCUGCCGCCUUCUCUCCGGGGCUGUUCAAGCUUCUUUCUGCUUGGAAAGACAGACUCCCCCAGCCUGAGCCCCUCCAAGGGAUGGGGGAGGGGAGCCUGCCCCCUGCCCCGUCCUUGGGCCUCGGGAAUGAGCCUGGCGGGGUGGGGGUGGGGGGCGCUCAUGCUCCGGAGCUCCCCCCCUUUCCUGCCGGGUCCGCCGGCCUCUGGAUGGGGAUGAGUUCGGGGAGCUCUGAAAAGCCCGCGUUCUGGGAUCCUGGAGAUCCCUUUCUAGGGCCAGAACUUUCCCAUUCUUCAACUCAUUUCCCAUCAACUCAGGCCUAGAGGAAAUGGUCAGCAAAGCCCCUGAAAAAGACCCAGAUUUGGAAGAUCAAAGGUCCUCCAAAAGAAAUGGUUUUUCUAGACUGGCUUUCCAGUAGGAUUCUGGAUCCCCAUUGGAGCCGCGUGUAUCAAACAUGUCUGCUGUAUCUGCUAGGUAACUUUCCGCCCCGAGAUCAGCACAGGGAGAAGAAGGGGAUGGGGGGACACAGCGGGAAGAAAAGCCAGUUAGAGUUCAAACCUGGCCCUGGGCAAGACCUUUCACUUCUGUCUGCCUUAAGGGGAGAUCUUCUCAGCCUCCAUCUUCCAUCCUGAGAGGAUAACAGAACGUCUGUAGAACACUUUCCAGAUUCAAAGGUCCGGAACCCUCCACUCCCUCAGCCAGCCUGAGAGUCUCCCCAUCUGACUGUCCCUGAGGCUGUGGUACUGUGGCCGGAGGGCCCCUGCCAAGUGGCCCAGUUGUUUCUGGUCUGUAACAGUUCUGUUGUCACACAGUCAGGACCUAGAAAAUGGCUUGGAUGGUGUGGCCAGGGGAGUAGGGUUGGUUUGCUGUGUGCUUCCGGGGAGAGCCAAGGAGCUGAGGGAAGCAGGGGCUAACUGGCGGCCCAAGCCAACCUGACUUGGAAUCCAAGUACUGGUACCCCGGCUUUCCCCUUCCCAGCUUCAGGUUCCUAAAAACGCCUGAAGCUUCAGGAAUUAGAGACCAAAAGAAAGAUCAGAGGUGCUUUUCUGGUCCAGGAGCAGGGCAUGACGCAUUUGACCUCUCUAGGGUAAAAGUUGAGUGUGUCUGUGAGUCAGCCAAUCUGACCUCAAUGUGAUCCAUAUGACACACCAGCCCUUCCUCUCUACAUCCUCAGAACUGACAAGAAGGGAUUGUUUAGCCACUGCCUGUAAUAUUUGAACAAAUGCAAAAAUGGGAGUGUGGAGCCUCCAAAGUGUAUUCCCAGGGAAAUUCUACAGUGGACGUUAAAUAGAUAGCGCUUUGUCAAAUAUAGCUCUCGCCCAAAUAACUGGAGCUGCCCCACCAUGGCUAUGUGUUGGAAGCAGUUCUUGAAUCCAAGGUCUUACUGGCUGAUUGAGGUCAUUUCUCUUCCACUUCCUACUUGAGUGAUUUUAUUAUUUUUUUUACACAUAUGAAACAGGCCAGCUUGUGGCUAACACACUGAUGGUGAUUAGUGUGCCGGACCUGAAUUCAAAUCCAGACCCUGGUACUUGCUAUAUGGCACUGGAGCAAAUUUGCUAACCUCUGUCUUCCACAGUUUCCUUAUCUGUAAAAUAGGGAUAAUAAUCGCACCUACCUCUUCCCAGGGUGGUUGUGAGAACAGAAUGAAAUAAUUAUUGUAAAGUGCUUAAGAGUUAUAUAAAUCAGCAGUUUUGUUGAUGCUUUUAUA